UUGACAGUGACAAUCAUCUGGUCAAUGUGGAACACAAAAGGGAAAGAGUUGUCAAGACGUAAACAAAGUAGUAUGCAGUAUUUUUCUUUUUUAAAAUGUCGUCUGAAAUUCGUGUGACAUCAUGUAUAAAAGAAAUAGAUAAAAUAAGAAAGUGUUUAUUCCCUACUGAUGACCACAGAGGCACUGAUAGCUGGUUGCAUUUUUGUAAAAUAUCUGUUGCACCUACGGGUGAUUUAAUUGUUAUUGCAAACGAUAGAAAAAUUGUUGUACUAACUUCAAAAUGGGAUCCCCAAUCCUCCAUGAAUAUUUUCCAAAUAUUUCAUUCCGGAUAUAUUCACGAAUACGAUAAAGUAAAAGCUGUUUUAUGUGUAUGUGUAGUAGAUCAAAAUGGAAACAGUCGUCUUGGCGCAGAUUGGAAUUGCAUUAUUGUCGGAUUUGAUUCUGGUCAUGUUAGAUUUUACACGGAAAAUUGUGAUUUAAUUUUCGAAGAACAGUUCCAUGCUGAAAAUAUCACGACCAUAAAAUGCAGAUCUCAGCAUAACCCAAGAUCUGAUUUAUUGCCUAAUUUACAUCCAGAGGAAAUUUAUAUACAAUACCAAAGUAUCUUAUGUGUUCUUAAAGGCCCUCAAUUGUUUUCCACUUUGAGACACUGCCGCUCGCAACCAGAUAACAAUGACAUAGUACGAGUAGUACCUAAAAAAUGGGGCUUUCUUGACCAAUCUGUUAUAAACGAUUCUGCUGUCGUAGGGUUAAAUCUCUCUAAUACAUUCGAUCAUUUAUUAGUUGCAUCAACUUCUAGAGGUUUCAAUUCGAGAUGUAGCAACGUGCCUCCGACUAACACUAUAGUUGUGGCAGCUGGUUCAAAACCAUUUUUAGGUUACCAUUUCGCGUUCGAAGGUGGUGGUAUGCCUGUUUUAAGUGAUGUAGCUAAAGCCGUCGCUAUGAAAUUAAAAUCUACUCUACCAAGCUGGUUAGUUGGAAAUAAGAAUGUACAAGAAAAACAAUUAUCUGUACCGGUACUACCGGCUGAUGCUAUGACUUGCAGAUUUGGGCUUUGUGAUUUAAGACGUGCCGCUACUGAUAUAAUUCUUUCAGCUGAUCAUAGAUUAGCCGCCGUAUGUGAUAGUUUAGGUCGCAUCCUACUAAUCGAUACUUUCAAAGGGAUAGUUAUUAGAAUGUUUAAAGGUUAUAGAGAAGCCCAGUGUUCGUUUAUACAAGUUCCAGAUGAAAGAAGAUCUAAACAUAGAUUAGGAAACAAAGUUGCCCACUUUUUGGUGGUGUAUUCACCGAGAAGGGGAACUUUGGAGGUGUUUUCUCUCCAACAGGGGAGUAAAAUUGCGAUUUUUUCCGCUUCUAAACAUAGUAAAUUAGUGUAUAUAAAUUACGGUUUAGUAGGUUUUACGAAAACUUUAAAAAGUCAAUUUGUUUGUCAAUAUACCACUGUGUUUAUAGAUGGGGACGGUUUAAUUAAAGAAAUAUCUAUCCCAUUUCAUUUCGCUUUGUCCGAAAAACAUAAUAAAAGAGCUAGAGAUAUCCAUUUAUACAAAAAAUAUCGAAAUCUACUGAAAACCGAUGCCGAUAAUGAUAAAUUAUUAAACGAAGCAUUGAAUACCUGCACGGAAUUAAAAACCACAGAAGGAAAAAAACAAAUGGUAGAAUUGUUGUUGGAAAAUAAAAACGUACCCCCAGAAGUGGCUAUUUCUUGCGUUAAAUAUUUUCUGGAAAGUUUAGAAGGCGAAGAUACGAUAAAUUUGAAAAUAUUGUGCCAAAACUCUAAUCUCCUAUUAGAAUUAUUCGUUUUCGUAUCAAAUUUUGAAGGAAAAGAUACGGAAAAAAGCCACACAGAACAGGAUGAAUUUUCUGUAAAAGUAGACGUAAAGGAAAUGUCUAAUCUACAAAAACUUCUAGAUCUAAGCGUCACGAAUGAUAAUAUAAAUUUACCUGAAGUUCACGUGAAGUUUUCCAACGAUCACAAAUUUUCCGGGGCCGAAUUUCUUUCCAUAUUCGAUUAUACAAAGUCAGAUUCAAUCGUCCUCAAGCCUAAAGUAGACGAAGAUUCAAAAUUCAAAGCUUCGGAAAUAUUAUUUAAACCUUACAUAGAAGGUACGUUCGCAAACAUUUCAGAGCUACAAGAAAGGCUAGUGGGCCUAAAAAUACCGACAGAACAUCUGUUUGAUCUACUAGUCAAUUAUUGGGUCAAUAGGUCGCUUCGUAUAGAUCUAAACCUCGAAAAAGAGAUACAAAGAUUAUCGAAUAUGUUAUAUAUAUUAUUGAAAGUAUCGAAUGAAGAUAUCAAUCCUGAAUAUGGUGAAGUUUCUACGUUUUGGUCGAGGAUAAGAGAAUUUUUGGCAAUUUCUUCUAGACCUUUUCCAGCUCUUAUGGCAGCCAUUUUGUGUAAGAAUGUAGCUAGAAAAUUUGAGAUAGCAGUACACUUGGAGGAGUUCGAGAACAAUUUAGAAGAUAUGGAAGUACUGACACAAGAAAACGUGGAAUGGUCCUUAUUGAUAAGUAAAUUAGAGGACGUUUCACUUCUAAACAUAAUACUUUCAAUAAAACCAGUUGCCAAAGAUUGUCCAUUACCGAAACUUACACACAAAGAUCCCGUUGUCAGUUUAAAUUACGUAUUACAAAAAGGAAAAGGAUCAGUUAGUGAAUUAGUAGCACAAUGGUUGACAAAAGCGGGUAUCAACCCCUUAAAUAUCAAUUUAAAUGAAGAUCUCGAUAAAAACGAUGAUGACCUUCUGAAGGAAAAUUGGGCGACAAUAGAUCAUUCGAUUAAAGAAGAAAAUUUGUUUUUACAUAUAAAUUUGUUAAAAAAACAAUUUCCUUACAGCGUUAAUUCAAAUUAUCUGUUAACGAACAUGUCCUGGGAAUAUGCUUCGGCAUGGCAAAAGGAUAUGCAAAAUUUAGAUUUAUUAGAAGCGGCAAUAAGUUGUUUGAAUUGUAUUAGAGACGUUCAUAUAAGACAAGGUCUGUACCAACUAAUAUGGAACACCCAUUUGAAAAUAGUCAGCGAGAGUGCAAGCAAAUUGAUAAAUAAAGUUGGAAAGGUUCCAAAGGAACGACUGUGUAAACAAGAGACCGGUCUAACAGAUUACCAAAUGUCCCUUUUUUCGAAUAUAUUGAACAAAUUCUUAGAUUCGUUUAUGCAGACCGCUAUACAAUCUCAAAGGGUUUCUAAAGCCCAGUUAAAUUUCGAAAAUAUAUGGGACAACGGCGGACAGCCUCUAGUGGAACUAGCAGUACAACAAAAAUUGGUCAAUUUCGAAUUGUUACACUUACAUUACCAACUCAGUUUAGUUCUAUUGAUGAUAAUAACGUUUUCCAUUAAAUAUUCCAAACCGAUAAACAAUCUUUUCGAUACUUCGGUUGGGAAUUUAUUCUUCACCGAUAUGCAGAAAAAAUUGGAGAUCUCCUGUAACAAAUCAGAUACAAAAUUAAAUUCAUCGAGAUCUCAAUUCUUAUUUAAAAUAAUAUCCGCCAGUUUGGAAACUGUUACAGUGAAUAAUUCUGGAGAAAUAUAUUCCACUGAUCACGUUCAUUGGACUAACAAAUGUUUGGAUUUGGGUGGUAGUUGGAAUUUGGAGGUGGAUGAAUUGAGGAGGUACCAAGUAGUUCAAUUGUACGUGUCAGGUUAUGACAGUCUAGCUUACAGACAAAUGUACAUGGUGAAAGAUCGUAAGGAGCUAGGAAAAUGUCUACUAAAAGUCACAGCUAAAAGAUUGUCCCACUAUUUGGCUUCGUCACCGGAUUAUUGCCAAAAUAUUACAUGUCUAACUACUAUGGUUACUCAUUACAUGGAAACUUUGGGUGAGGAAUGGUGCGCCCCUGCUACUAUAGGGGAUAUAACGGUAUUAGCUAAACACACAUUACAUUGUUUCUCCGAAGAAGAUAAAGAAUACAAACUAGCUUAUUAUUUACACGAUGGUUGUAGUACGAUACAAAAUUUACAAUAAUUAUGCUAUUAAAAUUCUAUUUAAAUCGUUAACAGCAUUUAUAAGAAUCCCGUGUACAUAUCUCUUGAAUAUACACCAUUCUAUUAACGUUAUUAUUGCGAGAUUGUGGCAAUUAAACACCAAAAUAUACUCUCUUUUUUUAAUAUACAUAAACCCCAAGUGGUUCGUGGACUGUAUUUAUGUGGGAUUGUGGAAAUUAAACACUGAAGUAUACUCUGUAGGUUGUAUUUUAUGUUUGUUGCUUUGAUUUAGUUAUGAGUAAAACUGAACGAAUUUGUUAACUUUACCUUUUUAUUUUACUUAUGUAUAUUUUGAAUUUCUUUUUACAACUAGUUCCCUGAUGACUAAUUUAUAGUUAUUCGAAAGCUUUGAAUAUAUGUUAGAAAUUGUAUACUGUGGUGUUUUAUUUCCACUAUCCCACAGUAACGUUUAUAAAGUAAUAGGAAAAUACUUUAUUUCCAAUUUACGUCAUUUUAUGUAUUUUUUUUGGUUAGGUUAAUCUGAGUUUUUUCUAAACUGGAUCCUUAUGUACAUUAAAAACACUAUACUGUGGUGUUUGUUUGCCACUAUCCCACAAUAACAUUCAUAAAGUAGUAGACAAAAACUUUGUUCCCUUUUUACCUCGUUUUAUAUAUAAUUUUUGGUUUCAAAUAAGUUUUUUUCUUUAAACUGGUUCCACAAUAACGUUUAUAAAGUAGUAGGAAAAAACUUUAUUUCCAAUUUACAUCAUUUUAUUCAUAAUUUUUGGUUUAAAAUGAGUUUUUUUAUAAAACUGGAUUUUUUUUAUUAGAAUUACAGUAUACAAAAAAACUUUGUGUUUUUAGUGUAAAUUCAACAGUACUUUAUGGUGUAUAUUGAAAAAAUAUGUUUAGUUGGAUUUAUACGUGAUUAUUUUAACAAUAAAUUUGCUAUAAACGUUGGUGGUUUGUAAUUUUGUUUAUGAUAUGAAUAUUAAACGUGUUACUAUAUCUUUAUUGAAAAUAAAAAUUUUAUUUAUUAUUUUUUUAGUCAUUAAUAAAGGAAAUUAAGAAAUUA